CCUCCAGGGCUUUACCACACUUUCCAUGAACCCUGAUUCAGGCUUUAGCUUUCUCAGGGAAGUAAAGAGGUGAAAACAUUUUUUUCUUCCCAUUUUACAAAUGUUUGGUUGAGGCCUCAGGUGCAAAACGAAGGCCUCUCUCUCACCUGAGAGCCUCCUUACCUCAGUGUCCUUGCCUCUGUUCUUUAUUAGUGCCUUCCCUCUGCUCAGGUUUGCAAUCCUGCACAAGGAAGCAGGUUAGAGUCAGUAGCUGACUCCAGAGAGUUUUGGGCUUGUUAGAAAGCAGUCAGAAAAUUGCUCCCCAAGCAGCACCUGCUGCUGUCCCAAAGGCUCCCUUUGAGGAGGUCCCGCUAGCCUGUGGGCUGCCUCCUGCUGCUGGUGAAUGGUAUUUCUCAAGUGUGCCGCGUUAUUAUUAUUGUCUGUGGAAUAACAAUUCACUACAGUCAUCUUUCCGAGCAGAAAAUAAUUCCUAAUAUGUGCACUACAAUGUACAGAUCUAUUUUCGUCAGUGUCAUAUGAAGGGAGAAGAGUGAGAUAGAUGCUGUGGACAUUUAUAAAUAGGAAACCUGGGGCUCAAAGAGAUGAUUGCUUAGCCAGAUCACUGGCUGGUGACGUGGUAGAUUUCUGAUUUAAGACGAAUAAGCACAGUACUAACCCACCCUGUUGGUGCUUUGUAUUGGUAUUUCUUCUGUUAAGCAUGACUUUCUGCAAAAUGCUUGCAGGUUGACUUACAACAAACACACCGAAAUGACUUGAGAAUGUCCAUUGGCACCCAAAUAUCUUUAAUACAAGAGCCAUUUUAAAAUGUUAUGUGGUAAAUUAUGUGGGUGGGAGAAAGUGUGAUGUGGCUUUUGUCCUUUGGUUUCCCUCAUUUGGAUACAAUCCACAUCUUAAAGCUAGCAGGAAUAAUGUUUCUACAAAGAACUGCUUCUAGUUCGUUGUAAACCUUCAGCAAAUGGCGCAUUCUUUUUCUUUCUUCAUUCUCUUGAGCUACAUUUGUAAAAUAGUCUCGUCAGUCUGUUUAGGCUGCUAUAACAAAAUACCUUAGACUGGCUGCUUGGGGAGCAAGUAUAUAGCGAUUAAUUUCUCACAGUUCUGCUGGGGAAGUCUAGGAUGAAGGUGGUCGCUGAUUCUGUGUUUGGUGAUAACCUGAUUAUAGAUGGCACCUUCUAUCCCUUCACGUGAGGAGGGAUGGGGAUUGUUUUUUAACCUCUUUUAAAAGGGCAUCGAUUCCAUUUAUGAAGACCCUCACUCUUAAUUACCUCCCAAAGUAUUCACCUAAUACUGUCACGUUGGAAAGCUCGGAUUUCAGCAUGAAUUUUGAGGGGACACAAACAUUGAGCACAUAGCACUGUGAUUAAAUACCUGAUGUGCUUAUGUCAAAACCAGGGUUGCUAUAUAGAUGUUUUAUAAAUGAUUUCGGUAGCUGGGUUCCCAAGGCAUUUUACACAGAUUUUUUUUUUUCUUUUCCUUUGUGCUCAAUAUAUCUUAAGAAUCAGUGAAGAUUGUCUUGAUAGUGAGCCUUUAUUAAAGCCUUCGUGAAUGCUAUGUAGGAAUGUUUUAAAGAGAAGGGGAUGGAUGGAGUUCAGAUACUUUCUUUUCAUCCUCAUGCUCCCUCACCCUCACCCCCCACCCCCAAAGUUCUUUUAAAAGAAAAACAGAAAUCUUUUGUGAAUUACAUGCAACUAUUCUUGAUCACUAGAAAUGGAUAGUGUCAGAGUUAGGGAGGUCUCUCAGUAGGUAAAAUGCAGUGUAAGCAGAGUUCAGCUCCCCAGCACGCAUGUGAAAGCCAGGCACAUGGGUGCACAUCUGCAUUCCAGUGCUGGGAGUCCAGGCAGAAGGACCCUGGGGCCAGCCAGGGUAGCUUAAUUCAGUAAGAGACUCUGUACUCCCAUUUCCCUACCAAAAGGUAGAGGGACUGGAGAGAUGGCUCAGUGGGUUUGACUGGGGUUUGAUUCCCAUAACCCACAUUAAAGGCAGGUAUACAUCUGUAGCCCCCCUCCUGGGGUGAUGGUGGUUGUGACAGAGACAGGUAGAUCCCUGGGGGGCGGGGGGGGGGGAGCAUUCAAUGAGAGACCUUGUCUUAAAAUAACAAAACAAAAAACAAGAUUGAGGAAGAUACCCAGUGUCUAUCUCCGACCUUCACAUUUGCACGCAUACAUACCUGUUAUCCCUUCCUUUCAACACAGGAAAACAGUGAGUGAAAAUGAGCAAUUGAAUAAGCAUCUCACAUUAACUUUUGGAUCCACAAACAUGCAUAUACAUACUUCUACACACUGCUGUUAUCUGCCAGAGCUGUGUUUUUAUACCACCGUGGAUUUUGGGACAUUGUGAUUACCCUGAAAGAUAACCUGUUCUCAUUUAAGGAAUUAUAACCCAUGGAAUUGUGUGGUAAAUAAUCUUGCCACUGGAGAGAAUUAAAGAAUGAUGGCUUCCUUCCAGCGCUCCAAUAGUCAUGACAAAGUGAGGAGAAUUGUUGCUGAAGAGGGUCGUACAGCAAGAAACCUGAUAGCUUGGAGUGUUCCACUAGAAAGCAAAGAUGAUGAUGGAAAACCUAAAUGUCAAACUGGUGGAAAAUCUAAGAGGACAAUUCAAGGCACUCAUAAAACCACUAAACAGUUUCAUUUAUUUCAUCAGAAUACUUCAGUAGAAUGUAAAAUAACAUCCACAACUGGAGAGAAACAUUUUGAUAAAAGUCCGACAAAAACAAGGCACCCACGGAAAAUUGACCUAAGAGCUCGCUAUUGGGCAUUUCUUUUUGACAAUCUUCGCCGGGCAGUAGAUGAAAUCUAUGUGACUUGUGAAUCAGAUCAGAGUGUGGUAGAAUGUAAGGAGGUGCUAAUGAUGCUGGAUUACUAUGUGAGAGAUUUUAAAGCAUUGAUUGACUGGAUUCAACUUCAGGAAAAGUUAGAGAAGACAGAUGCUCAAAGCAGACCAACCUCACUGGCGUGGGAAGUAAAGAAGAUGUCUCCAGGACGUCAUGUGAUCCAAAGCCCAUCAGCAGAUAGAAUGAAUGUAACAUCAACUGCAAGAAGAAGCUUAAACUUUGGGAAUUUACCUGGUGCAGUAACUGCCCCAUGUCUGGCUCCCACAGGUGUCAGUUGGGCUGACAAGGUAAAGGCGCAUCACACUGGUUCUUCCACUUCUGAGGUAACAGCUGCUCAGCCCUGUGCACCAAUGGCAGUGCAGAAAACUUCCCGGAAAAAUGAACGGAAAGAUGCUGAGGGAUGGGAGACUGUUCAGAGAGGUCGGCCGGUUCGUUCCCGGUCUACAGCAGUGAUGCCCAAAGUUUCCCUAGUGACAGAAGCCUUAAGGGCAAAGGAUGACAGCGAUAAGGAAAACAUAUGCCUUUUACCUGAAGAAAGCAUACAGAAAGGGAAACCUGUUGAAGACAGAUGUGCCCCUGCUGAAUCGCCUUCCAAGGACUCAUUACACCCUUCUGACCAUCCUCUUUCUGAGAGAAUACAGUUCACAGUGAGUAUUUUGGAUGAUGUCAAGAAUUCUGGUAGUAGUCAAGACAAUUCAGUGCAUACUUCUGAAAUACCAGCUAUUCACAGUGAUGUAGUAUGUGUUGCUGUUACUCCACAAACCACCACAGCUUUGCCAACAGACAAAGACAGAGUUCCAGCAGAGACAGUAGGAAUGGUGACUGAGACAACGGACCCUUCAGAUAUUUCAAAUGUGAGUGCUGCUGACUGGUCCAUGGCAGAAGUUCUCGCUAAAAAGGAAGAGCUGGCAGAUCGUCUAGAAAAGGCCAAUGAGGAAGCCAUCGCCAGUGCUAUUGCUGAAGAAGAACAGUUAACCAGAGAAAUUGAAGCUGAAGAAAAUAAUGACAUUAACAUCGAGACGGACAAUGACAGUGACUUUUCUGCCAGUAUGGGCAGUGGGAGUCUAUCUUUCUGUGGUAUGUCUCUGGACUGGAAUGAUGUUCUCGCAGAUUAUGAAGCUCGUGAAUCAUGGCGUCAGAAUACAUCCUGGGGGGAUAUUGUAGAAGAGGAGCCUGCUAGACUUCCAGGGCAUGGAAUUCACAUGCAUGAAAAACUUUCUUCACCGUCUCGUAAAAGGACAAUUGCAGAAUCUAAGAAGAAAUAUGAAGAAAAACACAUGAAAGCUCAACAAUUAAGGGAAAAGCUACGUGAAGAGAAGUCACUAAAGCUUCAAAAGUUGUUAGAAAGGGAAAAAGAUGUCCGAAAGUGGAAGGAAGAAUUACUAGAUCAACGACGUAGAAUGAUGGAAGAGAAAUUACUCCAUGCUGAAUUUAAACGAGAGGUACAGCUCCAAGCUAUUGUGAAGAAAGCUCAAGAGGAAGAAGCUAAGGUAAACGAGAUUGCCUUCAUAAAUACCCUUGAAGCUCAGAAUAAACGUCAUGAUGUUUUAUCAAAACUGAAGGAAUAUGAGCAGAGGCUUAAUGAAUUGCAGGAAGAGCGUCAGAGAAGACAAGAAGAAAAGCAAGCUCGUGAUGAGGCUGUGCAGGAACGUAAGAGAGCCUUGGAGGCAGAACGGCAGGCCCGUGUAGAGGAGUUAUUGACGAAGAGGAAAGAGCAAGAAGCCCGGAUUGAGCAACAGAGGCAAGAGAAGGAGAAAGCCCGUGAAGACGCGGCCCGGGAGAGAGCUAGAGACAGGGAAGAACGGUUGGCAGCACUCACAGCAGCGCAGCAAGAAGCUAUGGAAGAGCUGCAGAAAAAAAUCCAGCUCAAGCAUGAUGAAAGCAUUCGAAGGCACAUGGAACAGAUUGAGCAAAGGAAAGAAAAAGCUGCCGAGCUAAGCAGUGGGCGGCAUGCAAGCACUGAUUAUGCCCCUAAACUGACCCCUUAUGAAAGAAAGAAGCAGUGUUCUCUCUGCAAUGUCCUGAUCGCUUCUGAAGUAUAUCUCUUUAGCCACAUUAAAGGGAAAAAACAUCAGCAAGCUGUGAGAGAGAAUAGCAGUAUCCAGGGGCGUGAACUUUCAGAUGAAGAAGUGGAACAUCUGUCUUUGAAGAAGUAUGUUGUUGACAUUGUGAUUGAAAGUGCAGCUCCACCAGAGCCUAUGAAAGAUGGAGAAGAACGGCAAAAGAAUAAGAAAAAAGCUAAAAAGAUAAAAGCACGCAUGAACACCAGGGCUAAAGAAUAUGAGAAUUCAGUAGAAACCAAAAAUUCUGGCUCUGAGUCACCUUAUAAAGCAAAGCUUCAGAGAUUAGCCAAAGAUCUUGUAAAACAACUUCAAGUACAAGACAGUGGCUCUUGGGUAAAUAAUAAGGCUUCAGCUUUGGAUCGGACCCUCGGCGAGAUUGCUAGAAUAUUAGAGAAAGAGAAUGUGGCAGAUCAAAUUGCAUUUCAAGUUGCUGGUGGAUUAACAGCCCUUGAAAACAUCCUUCAAGUAGUGGCCCCAGCCACAAACAUGAACACAGUUUCACGAAUUCCUCCUAAGUCUCUCUGCAAUGCAAUCAAUGUUUACAACCUCACCUGCAGUAACUGUUCAGAAAACUGCACUGAUGUUCUGUUUAGUAACAAGAUUACCUUCUUAAUGGAUCUCCUAAUACACCAAUUGACGGUUUAUAUUCCAGAUGAAAAUAAUGCUGUUUUGGGAAGAAAUACAAAUAAACAAGUUUUUGAAGGCUUGACAACUGGACUUCUCAGAGCCGGUGCUGUGGUUUUUAGCUGUCUGAUUGCCAACCGACCAGAUGGAAACAGCCGGCCAGCUACACCAAAAAUAUCAACACAGGAAAUGAAAAACAAACCCUCACAAGGUGAUGCUUUUAACAGUCGAGUGCAAGACCUUAUCAGCUAUGUGGUGAACAUGGGUCUGAUUGACAGACUUCGUGGCUGCUUCCUCUCAGUGCAAGGCCCAGUGGAUGAGAAUCCCAAAAUGGCCACAUUUCUGCAGCAUGCCGCAGGAUUCCUACGUGGGAUAUGUAUGCUGUGCUUUACUGUCACUGGAAGGUCUUCUAGCAUAUUUGACAGUAAUCACCAGGAUCCCACAGGGCUGACAGCUGCUCUUCAAGCUACAGACUUGGCUGGAGUUCUACACAUGCUCUACUGUAUCCUCUUCCACGGCACCAUCUCAGACGCCAGCACUAGUCCCAAGGAGAGUUACACCCAGAACACCAUCCAAGUAGCCAUUCAGAGUUUACGUUUCUUCAACAGCUUUGCAGUUCUUGACUUGUCUGCUUUUCAGUCUAUUGUAGGGGCAGAGGGCUUGUCCCUGGCAUUCCGGCACAUGGCUAGUUCCUUGCUGGGCCACUGCAGCCAAGUGUCCUGUGAAAGCCUCCUCCAUGAGGUCAUCGUCUGUGUGGGCUACUUCACUGUCAACCACCCAGAUAACCAGGUAAUUGUACAGUCCGGCCGCCACCCCACGGUGCUGCAGAAGCUCUGCCAGCUGCCUUUCCAGUAUUUCAGUGACCCAAGGCUCAUCAAAGUGCUGUUCCCUUCACUUAUCGCUGCGUGUCAUAACAACCAUCAGAACAAGCUCAUUCUGGAGCAAGAGAUGAGCUGUGUUUUACUGGCCACAUUCAUUCAGGACUUUGCACAGACUCCGGGUCAUGUGGAUAACCAGUCUUCGAAUCCCAAAGGGAAAUGCGGAAACCCUGGGGACUACCUGGAGCUGGCUAACAGAUUUCCUCAGCAGGCCUGGGAAGAAGCCCGGCAAUUUUUCUUGAAAAAAGAAAAAAAAUAAUUUUUUUUUUUUAGCCAAUUCUGUAUUUGAGUACCUUUGUUAGUGCUUUCUGUGUUCCUUUGGGAACUUGUGGUCUGUCCAUCCUCUUCCCUCCGCUGUAGAUGUGCUCCUCUUGGCAGUGUUUAUAGAGACUGUACAGACCGGGCUGUCCUCCUAACUUUGCAGAUUGAGUUCGUCUCAUUUAUGCACUUAUUUUGGCGUUUGUCUACUUCCACUCUGUGUAAGUUGCAAUUGUAAUAUGAGUAAGAUUAGACAAAUAUCAUUCUUGUAAUGAAGUAACACAGUUUUCAGUGUUGACUUUUCACAUUAAAGCAGUACGAAUUUGAGAAA